CAUUUUUAUAGCGCUGCCAGCACCUGCAGAUCCUCCUGAACUGUUGAGCAAACCUUGGAGGUCACACAUUAAAUGGACCCCGGGGAACAAAAACCAGCUUUUAGAGGACAUUAAUAACUUUAAAGUGAAAGGUGGGAUGCCAUACCUAAACUGUUUGUUGAUAGGACAAGCAGCAUCUGGUAAAACAUCGUUUUUUAAUACAAGUGCUACAGCAUUGAAAGAUGAAAGACGAAUAUUAGCUCCUUUAACUGUACUCAAAUCCAGUGGGAAGAGUGUUACUACAAAGUUUGAAACACAUCCUCUCUACACCAAGAAAGAUGAAGCUUUAAAACUACGCAUAUUUGAUUGCCGAGGACUUCAUGAUAUACAGGGCGUCAAAACUGAAGACGUUCAGCUUAUUGUCGACGGCCAUAUCAAACACGGAUAUACGUUCAAUCCAGCGAGCCCAAUAAGCCACAGUGAUCCUUACUACCGGGAAAAGCCAGAACUGAAAGAUAUGAUACACUGUGUUGUGUAUGUAGUGAACGCAGAGAAUCCAGGAUUAGCGCUAGCAGGUGAAGCUGCGGAAAAGAUAUUCAUAGACAUCAAAUCCAAACUUGGAGAACGGCAUGUUCCACAAGUUGUUCUGAUGAACAAAGUGGACCGACUUCGAGCUUCUCUGGGUGAUGAUAUAUCAGAAUUAUUUCAAAGUGUUGAAAUUAAAAAGAAAUUAGACGCCGUGGCCAACUUUACGAAUAUACUAGAAAUGAACAUCUUACCUAUGUCCAACUACCACAACGAGCGUGUACCAAACACAAACAAAGAUAUACUGGCACUGACUAAUUUAAAAACCAUUAUGGACUAUGCUAAUGAUUUUGUUUACAAUGCAAGUGAUAGAAACGCUCCAUCGGGUUUCUACGACUGAUGUAAUCACCUGACAAGUGGAUGAAUGACUCUACUUUUGGGGAUUGUCAUCUAUAAUUUCCUUUUUCAAUUACACACACUGUAAAUGUAGCAAAAAUGAUUUGUAAUAUUUGAAUUAUGAUCUCUUAAUGUUUUAUCUUUUCACUUCAAUUGAUGUUUGUGCGGACAUGUUACAGAAAACUGAUAUGCGAGUAUAAUAUCAAAUGGCGACUUUACUGGAUUUAUCAAAUAUUUAAUCAAACUAACCUGCUAUUAAUUUGAAGAUUUAAAUGUGCCUCCAUACAACUAAAUCCUAUUACUAACCAAGACAUUAAAUGAGAAUUAAAUGAGAAUAAGAAAAUAAUGAACGCUUUCAAAUUUUUGUGAAUACCCGGUAUCUCUUCAAAACAAAGAAUUGUAUUACAUGCGCAAUAAAAAACACUAUAUCACUGUUUCUGUGCUAAACGAACUACGACUAAAAAAUCACAUAAUUUGUGUUUGGAUUGGAUAUCGAGCAGUAUAAAAUACACGAUCAAUAGGAUAUACACAUAACAAUAUCAUGGUAAAUCUGAUAUCCAUUACCUUAUAAAGGAUCAAAUUUAUUCAUGAAUA